UUGAAUGUCGCGAAAAUCGGAACGAAACUGCCCGACAAAAUGGCCGCUGUUUGUACGCUAAUAGUGUAAAAGUAUGCAAUUCCAAGGUUGUGGACCCUCUAAUUUAAAUGUCAGAAUUUGUGCCCGAUAUAUGUUUAUAUCCCAGAGAUAUCGGUUCGUUUCGAUAUACGUAAAUAUACGUAACUUCCUGAAUUAUGACCCAGAUUGUACGGAAAGUCGCCUUUUUUUAGCUUGUUUUCUAUUCAUCUCUUCCAAAAUGUGGACAUAUCUUGCAUGACAACCGCUUGUUUCUUAGUGGAUAUGGUAUUUCAUUGAGAUGAUUGUAGGCCGGAUGAGUCGUGUGUUUAUUGAGUUGUUACAGCUCUCAAUUUUAAUCAGUCAAAAAUGAAAUGGGGUUUAACGUUCUACAUUUCUGCGCCGAUAUUGUCAAUAACAAUAUUUGCGUCAUUUCACGAUUCUUCAAAACUUUGUUACCGAUCAGCCUUAGUAAUGAUCUAUUAUGUUAACAUUAUAUUUCAAUUGUGUUGAUAUAUAUGUAAGGGGGGUAGGAUGACCGAACGGUUAGCACGUGCGCGCUGUAUCAUAAGACCUGCCAUUGAGUCAAUUGGCGUGGUUUCGAUUCCCCCGAUUGUACGUGACAAGGAGUAAGGUCGCUUGUCCAACCUCGUGUGUUUUCUCCGGGUCCUCCGGUUACCCCCCACUGCUAAAGACCACUACGCGCAAGCGAAUUAUUGAAUUAGAAUUGAACCAUGUGCUAGUCCCGAAAUGACAUAGUUUGUGUCGAGUGGACGUUACCCUCUCUCUCUCUCUCUCUCUCUCUAUACCAACUUAGUCCUUUAGCGAUUUACCUCCUAUUUAUAUAAACAUAAAUAGGUUAAUAAAGUGUAUGAUCCCCCCUGCUAUAGUCAGGGAUCUUUUUACCCAAGGAAUCUCAUUUCUCCUCGGUGACCAUAGUGUUCCCUUUCCCAUCUAUUUAAGAUUAUCGUGGCUGGGUUCAUAAAUAUAUUUUUCCUGUGUUGUACCGAAUGUCGACAAAGUUUGCACACAAAAAGUUAAAACAAAAACGGUUUUUCCAGUUUGAUAUAAAUAAGUUGAUAAGUAAACGACAGAAGUUUCAAGUUCACAAAAAUCGCGUAGAAUAAAGACUCAGAAGCAGUGUCAAGAAUUUACCAAUCCAUCAUGUUGGCAUCAUUCGUUGUUACAAUGAUAAUUGCUACAUCAGUGUUCGGCAAGGAUGCUUGCGACUCUGGAUUAUGUACGUGUGCUGGAAAACGAGCGUUAUGCAGGGGUCUGAAUCUCACAUACAUCCCUAAAUUUCCUGAGAAGAUAAGAAAUGUUGUCUUCAGUUACAAUAAUUUAAGAAAACUUGACGAAAAUACAUUUUCAAACCUCAGUACUCUAAAUUUAUAUAAAUUAUCUAUAGCAUACAAUCAUAUUCAAAAUUAUGGAAACAUUACACUGGAUAAUCUUCAUCAACUCAAAAUAUUUUCUUUGACUGGGAACUUAUUGAAAAGUAUUUCCCUGCCCAAUGUAGUUAAGAGUAUCAGUCGCAUAAAACUUUCCACCCUUGUUCUGAAAUACAUAGGUGUAACGAAUAUACCCGAAGAUUUGUUCAGUGUUUAUGAAUCCUUUAAACGCCCUUCCUUGGAACAAUUAGAUUUGUCUUGGAACAACAUAAAUUUAUUUAACGUUUCAAUAUUUAAACCACUGAAGCGGUUGAAAAUAUUAUACCUUACUGGCAACAAACUUGCCGACAUGUCAUCCAUCAUCAUGGAUCAUGGACUGGAUUUAAAAAAAUUAUAUUUAAAUUCGAAUUACUUGAAUUUCUUCCCAAACUUUUGCCCUAAUGGAACGGCAUAUUUCCGCAAUCUGGCCUUUUUAAAACUAGAAAAUAACAGUAUUCGAUUUAUAUUCCCUGAACACAUGAAUUGCCUUAAGAAACUGAAUCAUCUUGGUCUGAGUUCUAAUAGUAUUACAACCAUCGAGCCAGAUACAUUUUACUUUUUAUCAUCUUUGCUCUAUUUGACUUUGGAUAGACAAAGUGACACUAAGUCAUAUUUUAACCCCAGAGGAAGAGCCUUUAACAAUACCAAACUCACCAAGCUGAAUUUGUAUGGCAAUAAACUGAAAUCUAAUCAUUUGGAUCCACAAGCCUUCGACGGUGCUAACAGUUUAAAGUUAUUAACCUUGUCAAACAAUGUUCUCACAAAUACUGAAAACCUUAACAAAGCACUGUCAAGUUUAAAAUCUCUCCAUGUGUUACUGAUACAAAACAACUAUUUGUAUUCUUUACCAAAUGUUUUAAGAGACGGUCUCCCAUCACUGACAACAUUGGAUUUAAAAUACAACUUCAUCUCAAGUUGGCCAGCUAGGUUUUUCCAUAACAAAAAAGACAUGUUUGACAUAAAUCUGCAGUACAACAUUCUGAAAACUGUUACCCCAGAAAUGUUUCCCAAAUCCUUAAGAGGUAGACUCACAACAAUUCGACUGAAUGGUAAUCCUUUCGUGUGCAAUUGUGAAUUAGUUUGGUUCAUUCAGUGGAUUCAUCGGGAAUCUCAUAAAUUUGUUGGAUAUCCAGACGACUACAGGUGCCUCAACAUCACAGAAAGAAUUUGCCUGAAUAACACCGGAGUGUUUAUCUCAGUGACAACAGUAACGUGUUUCUUUAUCUUUGUUAUUUUCAUCAUGUCCGUUAUCUACAAAUAUAUCUGGCAUAUUAAAUAUCAUAUUUAUAUGUGGAGAUACAGACCUAGACAGUUAUUGGAUAUUGCAGAGAAACAUUUUGUUUAUGACAUUUUUGUUGCUUACUGUAUACAAGAUAGUGAUUGGGUAUUGGACGAUCUAGUAUCAACCAUAGAAGAUGGAGAAAAUAUCAAGUUGUGUAUUCAUGAAAGAGAUUUUCUUGGUGGAAAACUGAUUAUCGAUAAUAUUGUGCAGCAUAUGGAAAGCAGUCGUAAAGUUCUUGUUGUUUUGUCCAAUGAUUUUGCUAGGAGUAAAUGGUGUCAGUUUGAAAUGAGUUUAGCCCAGAAACUAGUUAUAGAUAUGAGUAUAGAGUCAAUAGUAGUCGUAUUACUAGAGGAUAUAGCAACAGUUAAUAUGAGUAAGUCAUUAGACGCUCUGUUAAAAACUACUACUUAUAUCACUUGGAAUGAUCAAGAGGAAGGGGGCCUUGAAUUUUGGGAAAGACUUAAAACAUCUGUUAAAAGAGAAAUCGAAUGAGAUUAAAUCUUUGCUAUGUCGACCUUUCAUCUAGUUUUCUAAGACUGAAGACUCUGUUGUUGCCAUUGGGUCACCUUACACCGAAUAGUCUCCUGACAUUCCAUGUGAAUAACAUAGUUCCAGUUAGAUACAUGCAAGACUGGGCGUCGUACACGGGGCAGAGCAUGUUUACUCUUUCCAUAACAUCUAUAGGGUUCACGUAGCUAUUGUUGUUUUAAUUGACCACGUUACUAGACUACAACAUGAAACAGACCCCCCCCCCCCCCCCGCGCUCAGCUACAUAAUUUUUUUUGGUAAAUCAAAACUUUUUAUGAGAAAAGUUUCUCGACCGUGUGCUUUAUCCUUUAUCGUCAGAUGUGGGACAGGAUGGGCACUUAAAGCACGAGAUAAUGAUAUAGACAAUAUGUGAUAUCACAAUUGAUGCUUUGCAUCCAUGAAAUUGAAUCACAAUGUCAUUAUAUUAAUUCAUAAUAAAAAUUGACGUCAAACGAGAUGUUGAAUUUCUCUGUUUAAAAAGCUCAAUGUGUAUGUACAUACGCCAAAAUGACGAUAGAGGCAAUGCGGGAGGGGGGGGGGAGAUAUAUUGUGUCAGGAACUUUGCAAACCCCCUUCCUGCAAAAAUUCCUGGAUCCGCCCCUGAAUCUCUUGCAAAAUGUGGGUGUAUCUUGUAUAGCAACCGCUUGUUUCAUUUGGUUCCAAUGUAAUUUUGGUGGACUUAUAUAUUAAAUGUAAUUUAGAUGGGCUGGUAUUGUACAUGUAUAUUGAAUGUAAUUUAGGUGAACUGGUAUAGUAUAUUUAUUUUAAGUUUGCUCUACUGGUAUAGUCACAGGCACUUGAAGGGAUUAAAAUAAAAUUUCUUACUACUGCUUGACUAUAUAUUAUAGUAUAUAAAAGGUAUUUCAGGCGCCAUCUUUGUUUACACGUCUUCAAGACAUUUCUUCUGCUAUCACCUCACAAUACUCACUAGUUCUAACACUUCCCGUCGUUUUUAUUGCCAACGAGACCUUAUUUCCGGGCUGUUCAAGUUGGUUUUCGGUAAGUGAUAGCGCUUCAAGUUUGAUUUGUAAUUAAUAACGAUGUGAAAUGACCAAUUUAAUUACAUCAGAAGCUGAAUAAUGAUCAAAUAAGGCCUCGUUGGUAUAGUAUAUUAAAUGUUAUUUGCUUGGACUUGUAUAUUAAUUGUAAGUUUGGUUGACAGAUUAAGUGUAUUAAUUUUAAUUUAGGUAGACUGGUAUAUUAUAUUAAAAGUAAUUUUGGUGGACUUAUAUAGUAUGUUAUAUUAUAUUAAAUGUAAUUUUGGUGGACUUAUAUAGUAUGUUAAAUGUAAUUUUGGUGGACUGGUAUAGUAUAUUAAAUGCAAUUUUAGUGGACUGGGCUGUAAUUUUGGUAAACUGGUAUGCAUAUUAAAUGUAAUUUUGGUCGACUUAUAUUGUAUAUUAGAUGGAAUUGUGGUGGACUUGAAUUGUAUAUUAAAUGUAAUUUUGGUGGAUUUGUAUAUUAAAUAUAAUUCUGAUGUACUUGUAUAUUAAAUGCAAUUUUGAUGUACGUGUAUAUAUAUUAUAUCGCGAGA